UGAAGUAGACGGUGGUAACGCGGCUCUCCCCGCUGUUACCGAGGAGCGACGGCCGAGCAGACGAUCCCGGCCUGAGGCGGCGGGGAGAAGCAGACAGGCAGUUUGCUGCGACACCAUGGAGGGCGGCGGCGGAAGUGGCAACAAAACCACAGGGGGGUUGGCCGGCUUUUUCGGAGCCGGCGGAGCAGGCUACUCGCACGCGGAUUUGGCCGGAGUCCCGCUAACUGGUAUGAACCCUCUGUCUCCUUAUUUAAAUGUGGAUCCACGGUAUCUCGUGCAGGAUACAGAUGAGUUUAUUUUACCAACUGGAGCUAAUAAAACCCGGGGCAGAUUUGAACUGGCCUUCUUUACCAUUGGAGGAUGUUGUAUGACAGGGGCCGCAUUUGGGGCAAUGAAUGGUCUACGGCUAGGAUUGAAGGAAACCCAGAACAUGGCCUGGUCCAAACCAAGAAACGUACAGAUCUUGAAUAUGGUGACUAGGCAAGGGGCACUUUGGGCUAAUACUCUAGGUUCUCUGGCUUUGCUCUAUAGUGCAUUUGGUGUCAUCAUUGAGAAAACACGAGGUGCAGAAGAUGACCUCAACACAGUAGCAGCUGGAACCAUGACAGGCAUGUUGUAUAAAUGUACAGGUGGCCUUCGAGGGGUAGCACGAGGUGGUCUAGCAGGACUAACACUUACAGGUCUCUAUGCGCUAUAUAAUAACUGGGAGCACAUGAAAGGCUCCUUUCUCCAACAGUCACUGUGAAGAUUUGCUAGCUUAUGAAGGGAGGACACUGUGGGAGUCAUCCAGAUCAGUUUAUAACUCAGUCUGGAGUCAUUUACUCUUCUACCUACAACUAGUUUGAGAAAUUGGAGAUUCCAGUUUGCUGUGAUGAAGAUCAUGGAUGGUUGACCAGGACUGGCACUCUUUCCAGCCAUUAAUGAGUUGAAGCCAAAACCCUCUGGCGGCUGAGUAAUGUGGUUCUCUUCUCCUUUAAAGAAGAUCUUGCACCUGUUUUCUCUCCUACCCCCUGAACUG